AAAGCAAAAAGAACUUGCACCUUUGUUAGAGAAAAUCAAUGCAACGCAAUCACUUAUUGAUGUCAACCAAUCUGAAUAUAACAUUUUAAAAGAGAAAGUUGAUCCAAUAAAACAAAAACAAGCAGACGAAGAUGCCGUCACGUUUAGAGAAUCAUGUCGGAAAAGCAUUAUCAUAUUCAGCAAGAACAUUUCAAGUCUAGUCUUGCCGAUUCUCGACAAAAAGAAAAGACUUUUAAAUUCUUCUACGGGACAAGUUCUUAGCAGCUUGAUAAAGCUCAAAGGUAGUGGUCGUAUAAAGGGUUCGAUCGUUUGGGUAACCUUUGGUGUCAUUGAUGAUAAAUACGAUGUUGCGAUUUCAAUCGCCUGUCCUGCAUUGAACAACAUCGUAGUUGAUUCUAUUGAAUUAAAAAUCAAAGCCCAGCUCGAAGAUAGUGGGCGCAAUUUGGUAGAAACUAAACAGAAAGAAAUUCAUUGGCGAAAUUCUCUUAGAAAACUUGGAGGUGAUGAGGAGCAAGAAUUUCAAAUUACACUGAUGAUGCAUUACAAGGAGAUCGAUGAUCUUAAAGAAAAAAUUUCUCCAGAGAAAAUACAAAAUUCCAAUCCAAAUCUAAGUGUUUUGGAAGAUUAUCGUAUUCGUGAGAAAGGGUAUUUGUUACGUGUUAGAUCUUGA